AUGGACGCCCGGGCCUCACGACUGAACUCUCUCCGAGAGUCAAUCGCACAACUGGAAGGACAGCAGCUCCAGAUGGAGCUGGAGCUGGAGGAGAUCCGGUCCAAGCUACAGCAGGAUCCUUUGACUACGGUGAACCGACAUAUUCGCUUGCUCCAUGAAUACAAUGAGAUCAAGGAUACUGCGCAGGGCCUUAUGGGGCUGAUUGCGGAUGCAAGGGGUAUGCGGCAGGUUGAGGUUGAGAGGGAGUUUGGGGUAAAGGAGGGGGAUUAA